ACCUAAGCCGGAGGUAUGGCAGCUGAUGAGGGGCAUAAGCCAGCAGGUGCAUGCACCAAACAGCAUCAGCAUCGGCAUACACGUGCGUGUGCAAGAUGGCAUAGUCUGGGAGGACUACUGGCAUGAUGGCGUUCCCAAGGUGCUCAACGGGACUGUAGUCGAGGAACUCUAUAACGAGAACAAGCAGGCGUUUGAGUGUGCUCAGGAGUUGGAGCAGUGGUGGGUGCCGGCCUCCUUGAGGGUCACGUGGUUUCUCAUCUGCAACUCCGCCCACCUCAAAGCAGCCUUGCGCAACAGAUUCCCCAACAAGAUUGUAACCACUGAGUUUAUCCCCCGCCACGUGGCGAUCAGCAAGGAACCCAACUCCACUGCACGAACCGGCCCCGCUGCGUGGUACCAGGAGACAGUGGCCGAAUGGCUGCUCCUCGCAUCCACCCACCUACUUAUUAUCCCAGCGGAGUCGGGGUUUUCCCGCUCUGCUGUCAUGUAUUCAAUGCGCCCGGGGGGUGUUUACAUGGGACACAAGUGUCGCCCUGAUGCUCCUGUUCCUGUCGGGGACCUAGCAGUGGUUGGGUGCGGGGUGUGA